GAGGAAAUCUUGAAGAGUUAGGAGUCAAGAGUCAGUCUUCGGGGGCGGAGGGCGAUCAGAUCGGUUUGGAGUUUGGACUGAGACAGUGGCGUGGGGGCAUUGGCAGUUCGAUGGGAAUGCUCGAAUGAUGAGCAAGGCAGGGGACGAGGAAGAAGAGGAAGAGUGUUUCUACGAGUCACUCGAUCGCAUCCUCUCUUCGUCAUCUACUUCUUCUUCUACUUCAGGUGCCAUCUCCGAAGACGACGACUCGAAUUAUGCAUCAGAGCUUCCCCCAGUUCCGAGAUUCCCCAUGGCCAUCUCCAACUAUGAUGUAUGGAUUGCCGAACCUUCUUCCGUCGAGGAGCGCCGCAAGCGUCUUCUCCGUGAGAUGGGUCUCGCUCGCGAUCCUUCUCUCUCCAGGACCAGGCUAAAAAAUUCUCUCUCUUCAAUCUCCUCCUCCGACGAUCACUCCGCUGCGGCCGCCACCACCACCAUCAACGCCCAAACCCGCGCCAGGGAAGUAGAAUUUGGGAGAUCCGUGUCGGCGGAUCAGUUACUCUCACCACGGAAGCAAGCGCUGCAGCCAUCCGAUGAUGGCUCCAAUUCGGCCAUCUCUCGAUCUAAGUCCGAUGGCGCCGCCGACUGCUCCUCCUCCCUCUGUCGUCCACCUAUCGGUCACUGUAAUUCCUCCAUCCCUUCUACUUCUGCUGAUUCUAUUUAUUCCAUUCAGUCGGUUGGGGAGUCUUGUCUUCCGGUUCAGUCGGUCGGGGAGUCCUGUCUUCCCCUUGUAAAUAAUAAUCAUCAUCAUCAUCUUCUCUCUAAAUCUCGAAGCAACGGCAGCAAUGGAUCUCCUACUGCCAAUGUUGCCUCCUCUCCCAAUAAACCCCCUACCGGCAAAGCGUCCCGGAGGGUUGAAGAGAUCAGAACAAAUUCGUCACCCGCCGCUCUUGCAAAUCCCGGUGGUGUUGGUGGUGGUGAGUUUGGUGACGACACGGAUGACCCUGAUAUCGGCAGGGUCCCCGACCAGGUCUGCACAAUCAAGAAUCUGGACAAUGGUAAGGAGUUUGUGGUCAAUGAGGUCCGAGAAGACGGUAUGUGGAACAAGCUUAGGGAAGUCGGGACUGGCCGGCAGCUCACCAUGGAGGAAUUUGAGAUGUGUGUUGGUCACUCCCCUAUUGUUCAAGAAUUGAUGAGGAGACAGAAUGUGGAGGCAUUGAACGGUAAGAAAGAUGACCUGGAUUCCAAUGUCAAUGGCAAUGUUGGCAGUGGAUCCAAAGCGAAGAAGAAAGGGGGCUGGUUCAAGAGCAUCAAGAAUGUUGCCAGCACGGUGACUGGUCAACGGGAAAGGCGGAGCAGCGAUGAGAAGGAUACCUCAUCCGAUAAAGGAGGGCGGCGGUCGAGCUCAGCCACGGAUGACAGCCAAGAUGUCUCAUUUCAUGGUCCUGAGAGGGUUAGGGUACGCCAAUAUGGCAAAUCUUGUAAAGAGCUCACCGCUCUGUAUAAAAGUCAAGAGAUACAAGCUCACAAUGGUUCUAUAUGGACCAUCAAGUUCAGCUUGGACGGUCGGUAUCUUGCAAGUGCAGGCGAGGACUGUAUCAUCCAUGUCUGGCAGGUUGUGGAAGCUGAAAGGAAGGGUGAUUUGUUGAUGGAGAAACUGGAGGAUGGGAUUCUAAACCCUUUCUUUAUGGCCAGUGGCUCACCUGAACCAACAUCUUUGUCACAAAGCAUUGACAGCCAUUUUGAGAAGAAAAGAAGGCCAAGGACAUCUACUGGCCGGAAAUCUAUGAACUUAGACCAUAUUCUGGUUCCAGAGACCAUGUUUGCACUUUCAGAGAAACCCAUAUGCUCUUUCAGGGGACAUCUUGAUGACGUGCUUGAUCUCUCCUGGUCCAAAUCUCAGUAUUUGCUUUCAUCUUCGAUGGAUAAAACAGUGAGGCUGUGGCACAUGUCUAGCACUACUUGCUUGAAAAUUUUCUCACACAGUGAUUAUGUAACUUGCAUCAAGUUUAAUCCUGUAGACGAUAGAUACUUCAUUAGUGGAUCAUUAGAUGCUAAGGUCCGCAUAUGGAGUAUUCCAGAUCGUCAAGUUGUUGAUUGGAACGAUCUACAUGAGAUGGUCACUGCUGCUUGCUACACACCUGAUGGCCAGGGUGCAUUAGUUGGUUCAUACAAAGGGACGUGUCGUUUAUAUAACACAACUGAAAAUAAGUUGCAGCAGAAAGGUCAGAUCGAUCUAAAGAACAAGAAAAAGAAAUCCCAUCUCAAGAAGAUCACUGGUUUCCAGUUUGCCCCAGGGAGCUCCUCAGAAGUUCUUAUUACAUCUGCAGAUUCUCGAAUUCGAGUUAUUGAGGAUGUUGAUUUGGUUCACAAAUUCAAAGGAUUUCGCAAUGCUAGCAGCCAAAUCUCAGCGUCAUUGACAGCAAACGGGAAGUAUGUGGUCUGUGCCAGUGAGGACUCUCAUGUGUAUGUGUGGAAACAUGAAGAUGAUUCUCGACCAAGCAGAAGCAAAGGUGUCACAGUCACACGAUCAUAUGAACAUUUCCACUGUCAAGAUGUAUCAGUGGCCAUUCCUUGGCCUGGUAUUGGCAACACGGGGGAAACACAGGAUAGUUUUAGGAGGGAACUUAAUGGACUGAGUUCAUGUCGGGACAGCUUCUCAUCAGCCAACUGUCUAAGUUUUCCAGUUGAGGAGACUGGAGAUGAGGGAUCACCAGCAACCUACGGCUGCCCCAAUAGUCCACUGGAUGGUCCCAUUUCCAGUUCGAACAAUAGUUUCUUCGCUGAUAAGAUCUCAGCAACAUGGCCUGAAGAAAAGCUACUCGCAGCCACCAGAAACCAGAGUCCUCGUGUCAGCUUGGAUCUCUCUAAAGGGGUAAUGCAAGGUAGGUCAGCUUGGGGCAUGGUGAUUGUGACUGCAGGCCUUAGAGGUGAAAUCAGAACAUUCCAAAAUUUUGGGCUGCCAGUUCGAAUCUAAUUGGCCUCAGAAAAUAGGCUAGAGCUUCAGGCAUGACGAUGAAUUGGUUAUGGGCUGCAACGCAGUCUAGUCCAUUUCAUUUUCAGGCAAAAAAAAAUGUUAGUUUUGUGUAUAGAGAAAAUAUGUGGUGGUGUUUUGUAAUAUUUACUAGCUUCUGUCCCAUUCUUAUUAUAUGUGCUAUUGAAUGUGGUGAAGGAUGGAGAUAAUUGGGUCCGGAGGAAUAGAUAGGAUUGUGAAAAACCACACGAUGGAUUAAGAAUUCCAUAAAUUAGUGCAAUGCGGAAUUGUAGAUUUAAGAGCGAGCCAAAGAUGAUUGGUUUUGGAUGAAUUAAUUUUCCAUUCAA